CCUCCCUCCACAUCCUCCCCCCUCGCGCUCCCGCUUCCACGCCCCACACCUCUGCUGGCAUGUCUUCGUCCCGCUCUGCCACCGUGCAUGCGCUCUCUGGGCGCGUGCAGGGCCUCAAGUUCAUGCAGCGUGCGACGGCAGCGGCCAGCCGCUCCGCCGCAGAGCCCGCGUCGCAGGAUGCUCCCGCCACGCCUGGCCCCAGCCGCACGCCGGCCGUCGACUCGCCGCAAGCAAGCACGCCGGCGCAGCAGACCCAGCUUGCGGCCGACGACGAUGAGCACUGGGUGCUGCCGUCUGCAGGCGCGUCAGGCUCGGCGACUCCGUCUGCUGCACGCAUCCAGCACGAGCCUGCCUGGGACUCGUGGCUGCUCGCUUCGACCUCGGCGUCGCCAGCAGGCGCCGGCUCGCGCCGCACAUUCGGCUCCUGGGCGAGAAAGAAGAGCGCAGCUGCAGAGCAGGCAGCAGAGGAAGAGGAGAUGGACGAACAAGAGCGGGAGGGCAUGAAGAUCGUAGAGGAGCUGAAGAGCGAGCCCGUGCGUCGGAAGUCGAAGGAGAAGAAGCGCAGCGCAGCGCUGGCGGUCGAAGACGGCAGCACCUUGCCGCCAGGCUUCCUCAAGCCCGGCGACGCCGGGUCGCUGCGCAAGAGCAAGAAGGCCAAGCCGAGCUCGCCUGCAUCGAGCCAGCUCUCCAGUCAGGAGCAAGCGAGAUCCGCAGCCCGCGAGCGCAAGGAGCGCGACAUGGCAGGCAAGCAGGCAAAGUCGCGGCGCAAGGCCGGACUGGCAGUGCGCGACGGCGGCGAGGUGGGCAGCGAUGAGGACAUUGAUUUGGAUGGGUGGGAGGGCGAGGUGUAGGGAGAAUGUCACAGUCUAUGGCCACGGUAUGUGAUGUGAGGGGGAGUGGUGCGUCAGGG